CAAACAAACAAACAGACAAACAAACAGACAAGCCAAAUUUAUAUAUAGAUUUUGCUAGCAGUCAAAUCUCUUUAAUUGGAAUAAUUGAUUUAAUGCUUUGAAAGCUUAUAUUAUAAAUUACCCAAUUUUUAAUUAUCUAAAUCAUCAAUCUAUUCCAGAUGAAAUGGCGGAGAUGAUAAAAGAAGAAACUUUUUACAUGAAGGAAGAACUUCAUCCUACUUCUACUGAUGAGAACACAUGUACUGUAUAUGUACAGAAAGAAGUUGUGAAGAAGAAUGAGUUUAAGAUUAAAGAAGAAAUAUCUCCUAUCACUGUAAGUGUACAGGAUACGUGUUCUGUAUAUAUAAAGGAAGAGGAUGUCAAGAUGGAAAAUAUUGGAGAUCAAGAAAUUGUGAAACAAGAGGAUCCUCUGCUGUCUGUGUCAAGGGGAACAAAAAGUUUACAAGAUGAAAAGUGCUUUUCCUGUGUUAAAUGUGAAUAUUCUUCAAAAUAUUUAAUUCUUCUGAGAACACACAUGAAAAGUAAACAUAGAAUAGUUCUCAAUGAAAAGGAUCCUCUGCUGGUUGGAUCAAAGAUAACCAAGAAGAGGAAACUAGAAGAAGUGAGAUAUCCAUGUGAUAAAUGUGAGUACAAUGCAACUGAAGAAAAUGAUCUUAAGAGACAUUUUGAGAGUAAACAUGAAGGGGCGAGUUAUCCAUGUGUUAAAUGUGAGUAUUAUGCAACCAGCCAACGUUAUCUCAGAGAACAUAUCAAGAAUAAACAUGAAGGAGUGAAAUAUCCAUGCGAUAAAUGUGAAUUCUCUUCAACUACUGUAAGGGGUCUUAUAGGACAUAUCGCUAGUAUACAUGAAGUAGUGAAAUAUCUGUGUGAUAAAUGUGAGUUUUCUGCAACCAGCUAUAGUUAUCUCAAAAUACAUAUUGAGAAUAAACAUGAAGGAGUGAGUUAUCCAUGUGAUAAGUGUGAGUUUUCUACACCCAGGCUUAGUAACCUCAGAGUGCAUAUUAAGAAUAAGCACGAAGGAGUAAGUUAUCCAUGUAAUAAAUGUGAGUAUUAUGCAACCAGCCAACGUUAUCUCAGAGAACAUAUCAAGAAUAAACAUGAAGGAGUGAAAUAUCCAUGCGAUAAAUGUGAAUUCUCUUCAACUACUGUAAGGGGUCUUAUAGGACAUAUCGCUAGUAUACAUGAAGUAGUGAAAUAUCUGUGUGAUAAAUGUGAGUUUUCUGCAACCAGCUAUAGUUAUCUCAAAAUACAUAUUGAGAAUAAACAUGAAGGAGUGAGUUAUCCAUGUGAUAAGUGUGAGUUUUCUACACCCAGGCUUAGUAACCUCAGAGUGCAUAUUAAGAAUAAGCACGAAGGAGUAAGUUAUCCAUGUGAUAAAUGUGAGUAUUAUGCAACCAGCCUUAGUUAUCUCAGAGAACAUAUCAAAUAUAAACAUGAAGAAGUGAAAUAUCCAUGCGAUAAAUGUGAAUUCUCUUCAACCACUGUAAGGGGUGUUAAAAGACAUAUCGCAAAUAUACAUGAAGAAAAUAAAAGAUAUCCAUGUAAUAAAUGUGAAUAUGCUACCACUACAGCACACCAGCUAAGAAAACACAUAUGUAAGAAACAUUAAUGAAGAAUAUAUAUUCGCGGCCUCAUGCUCUUCACAGAUAUUAGUUAAUGUUUAUAUUAAGAUGAAGAAGGAAGUACCCUCUCCUCAUGUUCUCGUUUUAUAAAUAACUAUUCCAGA